CUAACUACAAACCCAGCGCACGUUAUAGACGUUCAAGGCAAAGCCAAGGCCUACUUUACAUUCUUGCGAAACAACUGAAAAGCUCUGCGCCAACUUGAUUCGAUGUGCAGAAAUCGCGCGCGUUGGUCCCAGAUGAUAAGAAAUUCGAGAUAAAACGUUCGCUCGGCCUGAAUUCGUGUAAGGCUCUCCUAGCCGUAUGAUCAGUUGUACUAAUGGAUAUCAUGUGGGCGCUAUCGAGCUUUUCCGUUAUCGUGUGCAAUGUUAUUUUAAACGUUCGUCACAUAACCCACUAACUGAUAAGGAACUAUAGGUACUCCAGAUAAGAUACUACCUGUAUGACAACAGUGUUUUGUUUCAAAUAAUCGUAGUUGAAAUGGAUGAAAAGUCCGUUAUCCGGGAAUUUGAUGUGCUCAAGGAGGGGUUCAAGGAGGAGAAUUUGGAGAUAAUGUAAAAACAAGGAAUUUAGUUUUUCUACUAAUAACGCAUUUGUUUAUGGAGCAAUGAAGUAUGAAUUCGUUUUCUAAAGGUAUUUAGCUCCAACUCCAAUUUGUUAGACGCCUGGUGCCGCUGGCCAAGCACUUGGGGCCAGAGCUAACCAGGACCGAAUUGCUUCCCUUCCUUCGUGAUCACAUGGACUACCAUGACGAGAUCCUCCUGAACGUCUCCGAUCAAUUAGAGCAGUUCAUCCCGUUGGUCGGUGGCUAUGAGCAUGCGCAGUGCCUUUUGGACAUUUUGGUCAAACUGUGCGACGUCGAUGAGACGGUGGUCAGGGAGAAGGCUGUAGCGAGCAUGAACCAGAUUGUAAGGAAUAUGGAUACUGAGAUGAUACAGAAGGUGUUCUUGCCUGUGGUCGAAGCGAUGUCCAAUGAAGAGUGGUUCACUGGGAAAUGCUCGGCCACUGGACUUUUUGCGGUAGUAUAUCCACACGCUAGUGAGGAAAAAAAGGCAGAUUUGAGGAACAUUUACAAGAUCCUAAUUCAGGAUGAUUCACCGAUAGUGAGAAGAGCUGCAGCAAUCAACCUUCUAGACCUCAUAGAGUUGAUGGACCCUCAACACCUCAAAGACCAAAUUGUACCUGUUUUGGACAUCCUGGCAAAAGACUCUAUAGAUGCUGUCCGAGUUCUCGCAGUAGAAGUAGCUCUGGCGCUGUGCAGAAAAUUAACCGAAAACGACAUAGAAGAACUCGUAUUCAAAUCAAUAGAAAGCUGGUCGGAAGACCUAUAUUGGACACUGCGUCAAAAGCUAGCCAUCAAUAUAGCUGACUUACAAGUCGCCAUACCUUUCGGAAAAACUAGAGGCAAGAUACUUGCUAUGUACCAAAAACUGCUUAGAGACUUCGAGGCAAACGUUAGGAAGCAAGCUGUCAAAAGCCUGGGAGAUUAUUGUCAGUCUUUGAAGAAUACCUACCAAUCUCAACCCAAGCAAGAAGAUAACUUUGAACCAGUGUUCGUUCAAAGCAUCUUACCUCAUAUUAAAGCUCUUUCUUCAGAUCACAAUGAUGAAGUUAGAGCCGUCUUAUCCUCCACUUUGAUUUCUCUAAUAUCCGUCUUAUCGGAAGAUUGUUUCAAACAGCACGUUCUACCUUUGAUAGUGGAAAUGUUAGAGACGGAUACUUCUCCACAGAUUCAAGCUAACAUCCUGAAGAAUCUGAACUUUUUACCUGCUACCAUGGAUCUUACUAGACCAUUUCACUCGUUGAAAGGUGUGUUAAGGUCACUGAUCGCCAACUCAAGUACUCAUUGGAGAACAAGGAGGUGCCUUCUUGUAGGUUUCAUGCAUAUCGCUAAAGUUACAGACAAAGAAUACUUCGAAGAAAAUCUUAAAGUUUACUAUGCAGCUUUGCUAGGUGAUAAAGUUUUUGCCAUAAGAAGAACCGCACCUGCGAUUCUUCCUCUUCUAGUCAAGUAUUUCGGUAUAAAUUGGACUACCGAGCAUAUUAUACCUUACUUCAAUAUGUUCAGGAAAGAUGUGAAUUAUCUCUAUCGCUACGUACCUUUAUUUGGUAUCAAGGAGCUGAUAUCGCCAUCUGUAGAUACUCACGAUAAACAGUAUUUAAAAGGAUUUCAGUCUUUAGUUCAAACUGGGAAUAAGAACGCGGCACGGAUCUUGGCAAAGAUAAAUUUGAUGGUGGACAAACUCCAGUCAAAGUUGGAAGAACCUGCUUGUAAAGACAUUGUUUCUUUAAAAGAAAGUAUAAUAUUCGACUUCAAAGACGAUAACGUGGGGCUAUACGCUGAAGAUACCUUAGACAUUAUUCAAGAAUACCAUAAUUGUGAUAUCUUCAACGUAACAGAAAAAGAUGUUGAGGAGGAUAAUGUAUAUAUCAAAGGCUUAUUACAAAUCAUAUAUACACGGUUUUUUAACCUAGUACUUAAUCUGUUUGAAGAUCCUAUAGUUAAUAUACAGAUACGUUCUAUAUUUAUACUUACAAAAAUUAGAGAAUUAGUUGAUACAUUGCGUAAAGAACUCGAGCAAGAUUUUGUGAAGACUUGCUUGAAGGCGUUAAGUGAAGAAGAGAUGGAAGCGAUAUCUAAGGAGGUUGAAGAGGAGAUGCAGAUCAAAAAAGAUGAAAGCACUAGUGAACAUUUUGUGGGAAGUGACGAUAGUUUGAACGUUAAGUGAAGAAGAGAUGGAAGCGAUAUCUAAGGAGGUUGAAGAGGAGAUGCAGAUCAAAAAAGAUGAAAGCACUAGUGAACAUUUUGUGGGAAGUGACGAUAGUUUGAACGUACAAAGUAGGAGAGAGAGCGCAAAAGGUGCAGAACGACAAAGUGUGAACAACGAAGCAAGCCAAACUAAGAUACCAGAUAUAGUUGUAGAUUCAGACCAUUGUACAGAAAAAUUAGGCAAGCUGACCAUAGAAGACAAAAAAGAAGACACGGAAGAGACUGAGUUGAAAGAAUAAUCAAUACUGUGUGUUGGGUAAAAUGAUGUGUAAUUUAUAAAUAUAACUACUGUUUGUAA